UGCGAUGCACGCCCCGACCCUGAUGAAAGCGCUGCUGUGGAACUACAUCAACCAGGAAAAGUGCCCGGCCGAGCUGUUCAGGGGGCACUCGGAUAGCUCGGGGCUCAUCUACAACGCCACGGCGGCGCUCGCCUCGAGCCUGUGGAGCGUGGUCACCCUGGGCAUGGGCAACAAGGGGAAGAAGGUGGAUUCGGAGCUGUCAGAGACCCUCCUGGCCAAUCAGAGCCUUCUGUUCAUCCUGGUGCUGGCCAAUCACUGCACGUGUGACCGCUCUGUGACCAACCCUUACCGGCAGGCUCUCUUCUCCUUCACCGACACACAGGACGGUCAAGAACGUUUUGUGGUUCAAGGAACGGCAACUCUCGGAGAUUUCUCUGGGCGGCCUUCUCAUUCUGGUGGUGAUACGCACGAUACAGUACAAUAUGACCCGCAUGAGGUCUGUUUUCCCAGCUUUGCAAAAGACACUCACGAUUGGUGGAACAAAUACGACAGUCGGCCAUGGACAGUCAGGCGAACGAACACACUGAUGAACGCGCGGAUGCUGAGCAGCAAGAUAAUGUGAUAGCGUUUUUCUCAGCAAGACUGGAGCCCCUGGGUUCGAACCCCUCCCCGGGUGAUGUCCUUCAGACCAUCAAGGACGGAAGUCUCACCUUCAAGAAGGAUAAGCUGAAGAAAUUCCCCGAGCUGAAGUUCCAGUACGUGGAGGAGGAGAGCCCGGAGGAGUUCUUCAUCCCGUACAUCUGGUCGCUGGUGUACCACAGCGCCAACCUGUACUUCAACCCCGGCCGCAUCCUGCUCUUCUCGCUCAACUCGGAGGACGGGGCCGCAGGGAAGAACGUGUGAUUGUGUGUGGUGGGGGUUGUGAGGGGGAAAGGGAGGGGGA